UAGGCAACUGUGUAACGUCAACAACAACACAAGACUUUGCCUGUCAGUCUGCCAGUGAGUGUCACCGGCAGUCAGUCAUGUCAUAGUGUUCAGACCACCUCUACUACACCAGCCUCUCCUCUCAGGUGAUGAGUAGCACCUGUGCUCGUGUUGUAGUCAGCCUGGAUGAGAUUUACUUGCCAUUAAUUUUGUGUUAAUGUUAUUUUCCUUAACUACUGCCUCCUAUCAAGACAACUUUAACAAUGAGUGUUAGCACAGAAGUAACUCCGUCCAAAGAGCCACAGCAUAUGUCUGUGUAUCUCACCAGUGGAAAAGAAAAGACAUUUCAGUAUGAUGAAGAUCUCCCAUGUUUACCUGUUCCCCCACUGCAGCAAACUCUAGAUAGGUACUUACUUAGUGUGAAGCCACAUGCUACUGAUGAAGAAUUUGAGAUGACAAAAGAAAUAGUCAAGAAAUUUGAAUCAGGCAUAGGGAAAGAGCUGCAUGAAAGAUUAUUGGCUCAUGCAGCCAAAAAAAAGAACUGGCUAGAUGAUUGGUGGCUACAUUAUGCCUACCUGAUUGUCCGAGAGCCCCUGCUACCCACCAUGAACACUACUGGUUUUCAUCCACUUAACUUUACACUAUGGAAACCCUCAAUUGAAAAAUCUUCAGAGUAUGGAUCAUUGAACUUGUGGGGAUUCCUGGACUUCAACCUGGCUCUUAGAGAACAACGCUUAAAACCACAAAAAUCUUACGAGGGUACACCCUUCAGUAUGAGACAGUUUAGAUGGCUGUUUAAUUGUACAAGAAUCCCCGGUCGAGGUGCUGACAGUCUUUAUUCAACUUGGAAAACAAAGGAUGAAGGUGACUGUCCUCUGCACAUCAUAUUCCUCUGUCAUGGCCACAUCUGGACGAUGUAUCCCUGGGACUCAGCAGGUAAGCCUCUGACUCCACCGGAAUUAGAAGUACAAUUGAGACAUAUUCGUGAGACAAGUGAUGCCUUGGGUCCAGGGCCUAGCCUCAGUGUGCUAACUUGUGAUACCAGGGAGAACUGGGCUCAGAACCGUGAUUGGUUGAAAUCCCUGAGUGUGAACAACAUGAGGAACCUACACCACAUUGACUCCUCCAUGCUUGUCUUUGUUUUGGAUGACACUACUCCAGAAAACUUUAAUCAGGUUGUUUGGGAGGGUAUCUGUGGAGAUACAACAAAUCGCUGGGCUGACAAGAGUCUUUCUGCCAUUUUGACAAGAAAUGGAUAUGGGGUAUUGAAUAAUGAUCAUACUCCAUAUGAUGCAAUGGUCUCUGUCAUGUUGGCCCACUAUCAGUACCUGUUGUUUAAGGAAAUGAACGGUAAAUGGACAGGACCCACAGAAGUACGAUAUUUUCCCAUGCCCACUUUAUUACACUUUGACAUGGAUGCCAAGCUUGUGGAAGCAAUAUCUAGUGCUAAAGAAACCAGUUUGUCAUAUAUCAAUAAUAUAUGUGCUAAGCUCUUUAUCUUCGCUGAUUAUGGAAAAGAUUUCCUGAGGACUCACAAGCUUCAUCCAGAUGCUUUUGUUCAGAUGUCCAUACAGCUGGCAUAUCAGCGUCUUCAUGGAAAACCAGCACCCACAUAUGAAACAGCUACUACUCGUCAGUUCUAUGAUGGUCGAACUGAAACUCUGCGUUCAUGUACUGUGGAGUCUGUUGAUUGGGUACAAACAAUGCUGAGCCCAAAAGCAUCAACUUCUGAGAAGUUUCACAAGAUGAAAAUUGCUAUGGAUACUCAUAACUGCCAUAUGAAACAGUGCCAAAAUGGUGAAGGUGUUGAUAGACACCUCUUUGGACUUUAUGUUGUGGCCUUAGAAUCUGGCAUGGACAUUCCAGAUUUAUUUAUGGACCCAUCAUAUACUAAGAGUGGUGGUGGUGGCAACUACGUGCUGUCAACAAGUACUGUGGGAUACUCCCCUGUGUUUGGAGGUACAAGCGCCAUGGUUCCUCAAGGCUAUGGCUGUUUCUACAGUAUGGUAUCUGACAGGAUGAACUUCUUUCUCUCCGGUUUCAAAUCCUCAGAAGAGAUAAAUGUGGAUGCCUUUAAAAAUGCACUCCGUGCCUCCCUCUGUGAUAUGCAAAAUAUCUUACUUGUGCCUAACUCAAGCCUCUAAAUUAUAAAUAAUUUCCUACUGUAAUACACACACACACACACACACACACACACACAUACAUUAGCUUUGAUGCAGCCGUAAGUAUAAAGGUUCAUUAUUUCACAGUAAACUAAUGAGGAAAUUAUUUUUAUAUCAGCUGGAUGUUUGAAUUAACACAGUGUAUGGCAGACAGGUGAAGCCAAGCCAGCAGAUCCAGUGCCUGAGUUAUGGAUGUGUUGGUUGUAGCUUCUCGUGAACAUUUUGACCUCGAUGACACACCUCCCCCCAUCUUUAAUUUUUAUUACCUGUACAGUGAAACCUCCAUAUAACGGACUUCUCUCUGCAUAUAAUCCAUGAGAUGGGGAUUUCACAUCUAAUGGACCCUCAAUUACAACACUUUUCUCUCCAUAUAGUAUGUUAUAUCGAGGUUUUACUGUAUAAAAAUAAUUUUAUUAUAUGUAUACAAUAAUUGUAUUUUGAAUUUAAUUUGUAUCCAGAAUUUUAUUUUAUAUUACUUAAUGUUUAUUUAAUUUGAGGCAAAUGAAAAUGAAAAUUACUCUCCUGAAUAGCUAAAUGAAGUAAUUUGCUUCCUUUUUUAAGUGUAUACGCUAUGGUGUAAGCUGAGCUUAUGGUUGUACUGUGCUUUUUUUUUUCAUUCUCCACACACUGAAAUAAUAUCACAAGCAAACUUAAUAAAGGUGUUCUGCCUUUUUAAGUUUUGAUUUUGAAUACAGUGCAGUUCAUUAGAUAUGGCUGAAACAACAAAUCAUACUAGUGUAAAGUUCUGUCUGUGACAGGCCCGGGGAAUAUGUGGUCACUGGCUUUCCCCGAGUGCAGUUUCUCAAUGGUUCCUACAAUAAAUAAUUCUGAUAACUGAAGAUGAGAGUACAGUACAUCAAUAUAAAAUUUUGAGACGUUAGAUUAUUUAAGUACAUUUACUUAUCACCAGUCAAGGAUAUAACAUUAAUAGAUUGAAUCUUUCUAAAAGUUCUUAUUUUUGUUGGAGAAGACAAGAGGCAGCAGCAUAACCUCCUGGGGCAAUUGAAUUAUUUUCCUCUUGUGCAAGGUUAGGUAAUGUGGGUGGGUGUGUGAGAGUGUGACACUAUAUCAUGGUCCACUACCCCUCCCCCAUCCAAAGGAGGAGUAGAUUUUAAUGAGCUAAGAAGUCACCCCGAAACUCUUGUGUCUUUGCUUUACUUUCUGGACCCUACUUGCUUUUGCUGCGUCAACUCAGUUGUUCCUUAAGUAGCUGGUACAGUAUGUUACUCAUGUUAUCAGGGUACCUCUCCUUCACUUUGUUCAUCAGAAUGAUGGCAGAUGAAAGUAAAUGGGUGAUGAGGAACUGUGGAUGUAUGGUUCAGCCAUUGCAGGAGUAGCAUUACAGUACCUACUGUCUUGACAAAGGUACCUUAAAAGUGGCAAAGGCUUCGUGACAUGAUGGACAUACUAUGACGCAUAACAAGUACCAUGACUCAUGACAGGUACCAUGACUCAACAUGGCAUGAAGGUGGCAUAUGAUUUCCCAUUCAUGAGUUUAUUAUUACUUUUCUCUCACCCUUUAUUCAGUACCUAUCACACUUGCCUUGCAUCCUUCUCAUAACAUCUUCCCUGUGUGUCACUUCACCUUACAUUAUCUCUGACUCAGUUUAAACAUUUCCUAUUGUUUUGUGGUCACUGAUAACCCAAUUUCCACUCUUAAAGUGCGUACACUUGAGUCAGAUCUGCCCAGGAUCCAAACUUAACAAAAAUUCACAAAAUGGAUAUUCCUCAUGAAUGAAGGAGUUACAAUGCACCUAAGUGGUUGACUUAAGCUAAAGCACAAAAAAUAACAGCCAUACAUUACAUCAAAAUUUACACUGAGACUGCACAACUAGAUUUGUUCAUUUAAUACUAUUCUGGGGACAAAAUUAGGAUGUCUUCCUUGGAUAGUGUCACCAGUGCCAUUUGUUGAGACACAUAGAGUAGGGUUUCAGAUAGAGUACAGUACUACACUGCACUGUAUAUACUGUAUAUUUAUUUAGUCUUUCAGACAUUUUCCUGAUGUAAUGCAGAGUUGCAAGAAUAAAGAGAAACUAUACACAUACAUUGUCCUUUCAUUCAUAGUUAUUUAUUAAUUCUGCUAAGUGUUUUAGUGUAUUUUUUUGUCCGGUGAUUUGAUUUCAGAUUCCCUAGAAGAAUUUUUAGUAAAUUUCAGAGACUUGUGAAGUGUGUCCUACUGAGAUUCUUGUUCAGUGCUUGCAUAUGCAUUAUAUAUACCUGUACUGUGCAUACAUCUAAGUUUAGUUUAGCCAGUAUCAAUCACACUAUUAUGCUCUCCCAGGGACUCCCUUUGAGGAGUCAUGAAGUCAUCAUUGUUCACUGUACUUGCACCACUGGAUUUAAUAACUUAUAAUAAAACUUACUGUGCUCAUGA